CGUACGUUCUUGCCUUUGCCUCCGCCGGAGUUGGAAUUUCUGAUCGCAGGUUGUCUUCCAAGACGGCCGGAAUAAGGAGGGGGUGAGCAAGGAGCGCAGAAGCAGGGCCGAUGAAGGCCUCCGAUACCUGGCCGCCGUCGCCGGUCGGCUAUUCGUCCGGCUCGGACAUCGGCGUCGUGGGCGUUGUUGUCGGCGGCGAGAAGGCUAAGAAGGGGGGUGACGGCGGCGCCAACAGCAACAACAACUGCGAUGCCGAGUCAGCGCAGCGCGGCGAGCUGCAGAGGCAGCUGUCGGGGAGGCACCUCAACUUCAUUGCCAUCGGCGGCACUAUCGGCACCGGCUUCUUCUUGGGCACCGGGUCCGCGCUGGUCAAGACCGGCCCCGCAGGGUGUCUCAUCUCGUAUGUCUUCAUGGGCACCGUCCUGUGGUCGGUGAUGGUCUGUUUGGGCGAGAUGGCCACGUACAUCCCGACGGCGGGCGCCUUCUCGUCGUAUGCGACGAGGUUUGUUGACGACAGCUUGGGGUUCGCCGUCGGGUGGCUUUACUGGUUUGCCUGGGCGACAACGUAUGCGCUGUCUCUCACCGCAGCGGGCCUCAUCAUCCAGUACUGGAACCAAAACGUGAACAUCGGCAUCCUGAUCGCCGUCUUCUGGGUCGUCUUCACCGUCGUCAACUACCUCCCCGUCCGCAUCUACGGCGAGCUCGAGAUGUGGCUGUCGAGUCUCAAGGUCAUCACGAUCGCCGGCUUCAUCAUCUUCGCCGUCUGCAUCGCGGCCGGCGCCGGCCAGGAAGGCGCUCUGGGAUUCAAGUAUUGGCACGACCCGGGCGCUUUCAACGAAUACCUGGUGUCAGGCGGGAUAGGCAAGUUCGUCGGCUUCUGGGCCGUGAUGAUCCAGGCCUCGGUGGCCUACCAGGGCGCCGAGCUCGUCGGGGUCGGCGCCGGCGAGGCGCGCGACCCGCGCAAGACGGUGCCCAGCUCGAUCCGCGCCACCUUCUGGGGCAUCCUGAGCCUCUUCGUGGUGACCAUCUUCCUGUUGACCAUGGUGGUGCCGUCCAACGACGCCAGCCUGCUCAACGACUCGUCGUCGGACGCGUCGGCGUCGCCGCUCGUCAUCGCGGCGCAGCGCGCCGGCGUCAGCGUCCUGCCGGACAUCAUCAACGCGGUGCUGCUCACGGCGGUGCUGUCGGCGGCCAACUCGAACGUUUACUCGGGCAGCCGCGUGCUGGUGGCGCUCGCGGAGGAGGGCCAGGCGCCGGCGCUGUUCAAGAAGACGAACCGGCACGGCAUCCCCGUGUUCUCGGUCGCCGUGACGGCCGCCUUCGGCCUGCUCGCCUUCCUCAACCUGUCGGCCGGCGGCGGCAAGGUGUUCAACUGGCUGCUCAACAUCUCCGGCGUGGCCGGCAUGACCACGUGGGCGAGCACCUGCCUGUCGCACCUCGCCUUCGUGCGCGCGCUCCGGGCGCAGGGCAUCCCGCGGUCGGACCUGCCCUACGUGUCGCGCUUCCAGCCCUACACGGCCAUCUACGGCCUCUUCUUCAACGUCCUCAUCACCCUGACCCAGGGCUUCACCGUGUUCAUCGACUGGAGCACGAGCGACUUCUUCGCCGCCUACGUCAGCCUCAUCCUCUUCGUGGCCCUGUGGGCGGCCCACAAGCUGUGGUAUCGGACGCCGUUUGUCGACCCGGCCACCGCCGAUCUCGUUCGCGGGCGCUACGACCUGCAGGAGGAGCGAUCUGCUGCUGACGGAGGGGUGUGACGAGGAAGCAAGCGACGUUGUAAUAAUAUGUGAUUUCUUGCCUGCAUAAAAGGAACAGAAAAAAAAUGGUGUUUGGAGCUCAGGGGGUCCGUGUCAUUGCUGAGGAAAAAAACGAAUCGCUUUCCG